GCCAAGCACUGCCCCAAGGAGAGCGGCCGCCUAGCACGUUGCGGAUCGCUCGCGAGCUGCAGAUUGCAGCUUGGUUCUCCUCCACUUCGGUGAGCAGCAGACCAGACGCGCGCCGGCACGAGACGCGGCGCGUUGCUCCAAAUUCCAUACAUUGACCCAGAGCAGUUUCAUUGACUUAGCGGCGCGAAUCGGCACGAAGCGAUGGCGAGCAGCGACGACGAGGAGUGGGAGAACGCGCCCGAGGACGAAGACAGCGAGGACGCCGACUUCGAGCCCGAGGCACCGCCGGACCCCGCGGCGAUCCGCGCGGCCUACGCCCGGGAGCAGGCCCAGGCGCCGCCCGCCGCACCCAAGGCAUCCGAGCCGGACCCGGACGACGAGACGUUAGACGACCUGCGCGCCAAGGCCGCGGCGAGCCAGGAGGAGGCCGCCCCGCCGGCGCCGGCCGCCCCCGCCACGACCGACGGCACCGCAACAAACGGCGCCGCCGCGCCCGCGACGACGGCCGACGCGGCCUACAGCUUCGUCGAGCUCCCCGCGCCGCUACACAAAGAAGCAUCGAGCGACCUCGCGCCGCGGCUACGACGGGGCCUCGCGUCUGUACUCCAAACGUACGUGAUCAACGUCGACGCCACGGCGCUCGUCGAGUCCCCGGACUACGAGUCGAUCGUGAUUGUCGACGCUAACGCGGAUCUGAGCGGCGCGGACUUAGCUGGCCAAGUCAAAGGCGGCUGCUGUUAUAGGGUCUGGCCGACGGUCGACGGAAAAAGGCGCUUCAUCGAGCUAGCUUUAAUCGCCGUGCGCCACGAGCGCCAGGGCCGGGGCGUCGGUGCCGCGCUGAUGCGCCGGCUGAAGCAACGCGCUUUGAGAGAACGCGGCGCGCAGCGCAUUGUUACUUAUGCUGACGAGCGGGCCUUUGCUUAUUUUAGGAGGCUGGGGUUUUCGCGGACGGUCACCUUACCUUUCCGGGAGUGGAAGGGCCGCAUUGUAGACUACGGCAACGGUGCCGUCGUCGCGGAGCUACGAGCCGACGUCACGGACCCGUCCGCUUCUGCUCGCGUAGCGAGGCAGCAGAUGGGCGGCCGGGCGACCUCCCAGCAGCUCGCGACGGGCGUCACGCGGUGCACGUCCGGACGGCCGAACUGCUACUGCAAGUCGGGGCGGACGCGAGCCAUCGUGAGGUACGACCCCGAGACGGGCGAAGAUCUGGAGGAGUACUGCUCGACGUCGGACGCGGCCCGCAAGCUCAACUUGAGGGGCCCGUCGAUCACACACGUCCUGAGUGGGACGACGGAAGACGCCGACGGCCACAAGUUUAGGUACAAGGUCGAGGUGCCCUGGGUGAGGUCAGGAGGCCCCAAGGCCGUGCAAGAAGUGAACCCGGCUACCGGUGCUGUGAUUCGCGAGUUCACCUCGGCCACGCACGCCGCGCGCGUGACCGGGUUUAGUAAUGGCACCAUCGGCCAGGUCUGCAACGGGAAGGUGGAUAGCGUGGACGGGCGCGUGUUUAGAUUUCGAGAUUUGCGGGCCUUGCCGUGUUCGGUGUGUGGUUCUGAUGGUGAGGCCAAUUCAUUAUUAUUAUGUGACGGCAUGAGCGGAAGGUGUCCGUCGACGGCGCAUUUCCGGUGUGUUGGCUUAGAUAAAGUUCCCGAAGGCGACUGGUUCUGCGCGUCGUGCCAGGCCAACGGCGGUAAAUCGAGAGCCGUGCACGUGCAAGCUCGGAAAAGAUCAUCAGAACCGGGCGCGCGCAAAUCCUCUAGACCUAAAAAACGGGUCGCCGUCGACGAUAAACCAGGGGAAAUUCGCAAGUCGUCGCGUCCUAGAAAAGCCACGACCUUUGGGGAUGAGGUGGUGACGCCUCCCGGGCUCCCGCCGCCGCGCGAACUCGUAAUCUCGGAUGAGCAGGCCGCGGACGAGCGCCGGAAAGCUCAGAUGGACGGCUGGACCACGGUGGGGUCCGAGUAUUUGGGGAGAACUGUGAGAAGAACGAUUCUAGACGCGGCGGGCCGGCCCGUGUCCUGCAGCGACGGUAUUAUUCGAGGCUGGCUCGACGCCGCGACGAGCGACUACGUCGACUCAAGCGGUCAACCAGCGGCGCUGUGGCACGCCUACCUGAGCACGGGGGAACUCGCGGGCGACGAGAUCGACCUGGAGCUCUACGAAGUCUUGGAGUCGCUCGUGCCCGUCCAGCCGAAGGUCGAGGAUCCGGAGACGGCGCGCGCGCGCGCCGACGGCUGGCGCGUCGAAGGAAGCGAGUACCUGGGCCGCACCGUCCGGCGGACCGUGCUCGACGCGAGCGGCCUCGUGACGUCGCACAGCGACGGCGUCAUCCGGGGCUGGCUCGACGCCUCUCGGUCAGAUUACGUUGAUGACAAUGGCAAGCCCGCCGCGCUGUGGCACGUCUACCUGGCGACGGGCGAGCUGGCCGGCGACGAGAUCGACUUGGAACUGCACGAGGUCCAGGACUCGCUCGUGCCCGAGAAGGUGGAUGCCUCCGCAGCGCGGCGCCGACAGGAGGAGGCCGACGCGGCGCUGGCGCGGGCCCUCGCUGAGGCGGACGCCGACGUGCCGGCGCCGGCGCCGAAACCGGCGCCGCGCAAGCCGCCGAGCCCGAGACCCGAGCCCGAGAGACCCCGGAGCCCACGCGCGGUCCAAUGGUCUCUAGCCGAGGAGCGCGUCAUCCGAGCGGCCCAGGCCGAGCUCGGGAACAAGUGGGCGGAGAUCGCCAAGCGGCUCCCCGACCGCACGGACAACGACGUGCGACUCGGCGUCGAAACGCGGUCGCGGCGAUGACGUGCGCCGUCGACGCCACCUUCUCUACGCACACAGGUCAAGAACUACUGGUACUCGCAAUCUCGCAAGGCCGAGCGCAGCGGAAGCCCUCGCGGCCAAUUGCCGCCGCUGCCGCCGCCGCCACCGGCGCACCUGCCCCACAUUGGGUGCCGCCAGGCGGGCUGGGUAGCCGCCUGUACCGAGUUACUGGCCGUCGUCGAGGCCAAGAGCGGGAUCAAUGGCAUGCGCGACCGCCUCCGGAGCGCCGGCUUCCGCUGCGGCAAGCCGGUAGCGGGAAAGACGUACUUCGACAUCGCCGUGCCGCUGACGUUUCCCUGCUGCUACGACGUCGCCGGAAAGAACUACGCCGCGAACCAGGACGUGCUGCGGUCGAAGCCCCAGCUCGUGAAGUACCUCGAGGGCUGCCUCGCGCUCGCCCGCGAGGAGGCUUCCUACCGCACGGAGUCCGAGCGCGAGGCCGACGCGGACGAGGACGCACGGCGCGCCGCGGCCGGCGUCCAAGACUCACGCCACGGCCGGCCGUCCGAGCCGGCGUCGGCCGCCGCGCCCGCCGCCGCGGAGGUGCCGCGGACGUCGCCCUCGCCGGCGCCGACGUCCGAGCCGCCGUCGCCGCCUGAGAACGACGAGCCGAAGCGCCGCCGCGCGGCUCCGGGUUUGAGCUACGCGGAGUACGACGACGACGUCGACAUGGACCGACCUCCGACGCCCGCCGAAGACGUCGACCUCGCGCGCGCCAUCGCUGCGUCGAAGGCCGACAUGGCUGCGCCGGCGCCGGCACCACUGGACGAGGAGGAGGAGGCCGCGCUCGAGUGCGUCCCGCGGACGGCGCCGAAACCGGCGAGCGCGCCGGCGCCGGCGCCGGCGCCACGCGAGUUCCCCGAGGACUACUCCGACGUGUUCGGGCCUUCGGCGCCGGCGGCCGUCGUGUCCGAGGAGAUGUAG